UAGCAGCAAGGAUGCCAACCCCCAACUCCUCUGCCUCUUCAGCCAAAGGCUUCCGCAGGGCGGUUUCAGAGUUGGACUCCAAGCAAGCGGAGGCCCUCAUGUCUCCACGGUUCAUUGGUAGACGGCAAAGCCUCAUUGAAGAUGCCAGGAAGGAGAGAGAGGCUGCAGCUGCAGCCACUGAUGCUGCAGAGUCCACAGAAAUGAUUGUCUUUGAGGAGAAGGAUGGAAGGGCCAUAUUGAAUCUUUUCUUCAUGCUCAAGGGAGCUAAAUCUUCCUCCCUGUCCCGUGCAUUUAAAGUUUUUGAGACUUUUGAAGCAAAAAUUCAUCACCUCGAGACAAGACCUAGCAAGAAGCUUCGUGAAGGGGCCAGCGAGCUGGAGUAUUUUGUCCGGUGUGAAGUCCACAGCUCUGAUCUUACCACUUUCAUCAGCUCCAUCAAAAGGGUGUCAGAAGAUGUGAGGAGCACAAAGGAAGACAAACUUCAUUGGUUUCCAAGAAAAAUCUCUGAAUUGGACAAGUGUCACCACUUAGUAACCAAAUUUGAUCCAGAUUUGGAUUUGGAUCACCCGGGAUACUCUGACCAAGCAUACCGGCAGCGGAGAAAAACAAUAGCAGAAAUUGCCUUCCACUACAAACAUGGAGAUCCAAUCCCUCGUGUAGAGUACACAGCAGAGGAGAUAGCUACUUGGAAGGAAAUUUACACCACACUGAAGAGUCUAUACCCAACUCACGCCUGCAAAGAGCACCUGGAGGCCUUUUACUUACUGGAGAAGUUCUGUGGCUACAAUGAAAACAAUAUCCCUCAACUGGAAGAUGUCUCUCGCUUUCUGAAAGAGAGAACUGGGUUCCAGGUCCGACCGGUGGCUGGCCUCCUGUCUGCACGUGACUUCCUAGCCAGCUUGGCCUUCAGGGUGUUCCAGUGCACACAGUAUAUUCGGCACGCCUCUUCACCCAUGCAUUCCCCAGAGCCGGACUGUUGUCAUGAACUUCUGGGGCAUGUACCAAUGCUGGCUGACAAGACAUUUGCACAAUUUUCCCAGGAUAUUGGACUUGCAUCUUUGGGAGCAACUGAUGAAGAGAUCGAGAAACUUUCAACUCUCUACUGGUUCACAGUGGAGUUUGGACUCUGCAAACAAAAUGGGAUAAUCAAGGCCUACGGAGCUGGGCUUCUGUCCUCUUAUGGGGAGUUAAUACACUCACUAUCAGAUGAACCGGAGGUCCGGGAUUUCGACCCAGAUGCUGCUGCUGUGCAGCCCUACCAAGAUCAGAGCUACCAGCCAGUGUAUUUUGUAUCGGAGAGCUUCAGUGAUGCGAAAACCAAACUCAGGAGCUAUGCAGCACGCAUCAGGCGGCCUUUCUCAGUGAAAUACGACCCAUACACCCACAGCAUCGAGCUCCUGGAUAACCCACAAAAGAUCCAUCACUCCCUGGAAAAUGUGAGGGAUGAACUUCAUGCACUAAUUGAUGCACUGAAUGUUAUCAACUAGUAUGAGAACCACCCUGGUUUCCCCCCUUAUGCCUCCGCCAUCUCCUCCUCCCACUGUGGCCAAGAUGGCCACCUGCUCUCUUUCUCUACCACAGUGCCCUUUUUGAGGUCCUUGCCAGAAGCUCCAAUCUGUUUUCUUAGGGCUGCUCUAUCACCAUAGGUAUCAGGAUGCUAUUCAAUAACCAUUGCAAACAGGUGCAUGUGUUUAAAGAUGAAUCAGUUUCUACAGAAGGCCAAAGAUUUAGUCUAUAGCUCAGUUAAAUCAUUGGAAGCCUUUCUAUUGUCUACUGCUAGUUGACUUGGGAAUCAGUCCCCACAAGUAAAUCCUGAGCAUCUUGCUGCAUGGCCUGCAGAUCAUGGUUUCCCAAGCAAAGUGAAGAGGACAAGAGCAGAAGAAAGAUAUAGGGAGUCAGGGAUUUUACUUUAAGAUCCCUUAAGAAACAUGUUCCUUUAAAUUAAAGAAAUUCCAAUAGAAACUUCACAAAGUAGCCCUUUCUGCUUACUCUCCCCCCCACAUCACUGCUUUUGAAAGAGAGGAUGUUCUGAGUGAAACCUGAAAGCUCUAACUCUUAAGUUAAGAAUUCAGCCCAAACUAAGCCUAGAUCCCAGAAACCUGAUGCUCUCUUAAGGCAGGAAUAAAUUUCAGGAGCUUUUUCUGGGUCUUGACCUGAGCUAAAUUGGCAGGCAAGAUCAAGUAUCUGAGUUGCACCAAGUUCCUAAACUAGCAUGAGUUUCACAUAUAGAGAAGUCUGGUCUCCAGACAGAAGUAAAUUCCUAAAAUAAUAUUGUUCCCUCCAUCCUCAUUCUUAAGAUUGGCCGCUCAAAGCCAGAGCUCAGAGUAAACUGAACUCCCAGUCUGGAGACAGCACCUCUAUCCCAGGAACUUUGUGUGGUCACUUAACUCCCCCCACCCCCCUUCCUGGAGUCUUAUGAAUCAGGCCUUUCCACCUGACCCUUAAUAAUAAACUCUGAAAGAUAAUAACAAACACUUGGGGUUUUUCUAGCUGCAGGAAAUACUCCUCUAACAUCUGGCCCCAAAAUACAAUUAUCUGGGCAGCUACCUUUUUUCAAGAUAAGAUAAUUAGAAGGAGGGAAGAAGAACCAACCCUACAGCUGAGCUCACUGUUCUGAUUUCCACCUACAGGAAAUCAAGAGCACCUGCCCUGCCAUUCACUUCAACAGGGAGGCUUUGGUCUAUUUUACAUCACUCCAGUAAAAGAAUAUGCCAUAGUGUUUCAAUAUUCUUUUCCCAAAUCUUUCCCUUACCCCUCUGCAUGCAAAGAGGCUGAAUAAAGGGAACCACUUGUGGUUAAAGGUGCCUUAGCAAUAGGAGUGAAUGACACUCAGACUGAACCCAGUGUUGAAACACAUGCUUAACUUUAAGUACAUGAGCAAUCCACUCAGCGUAUAUCCAGUGCUCACUGACACCCAUAGGGAAUUUUAUGAUGACAGCAAAUGACAUUGGAUCAGACCCACUGUUAAAUGUGUCACUUACUUAAAGAUAAGUGUGUAUUGUAAGUGUUCUGGGGCUGAUUCUGGGAGCAGUGGUGCCAUUUCCCCAGAUCUCAUAAAAAUGGCCUGGAGGAUGAACAUGCAAACAA